AUCAAGAUGGAGAAAGGUCUUCGGGAACAACCAUUCCCAGAUGCUAUCCUCCGAGAAAUGGGCAUUCGUCUUCCUUCUACUCUCAGUGAACUUUCACGAAUUCGUAACAUUGAUCCUGACAAAGUUGAGCGGUACGGCUCAAAGUUCUUAAAACUUAUUGCUAGGUCAAAGAAGUAUUACGAAGAUAUAGCUGGAGGCCAGGAACAAGGCGAAGAUGUUCACGAUCCCAACCACGAAAAUGUUGUUACUAUAAGUAGCGACGACGAGAUAUAUGGUGACUGGACUGAGGAUGAACUAAACUAUGCAGAUGAAGCUCAGAAUCACAGCCCCUACUUCCUAGACGACACAGCCUCAUCCUUUAAGGCAAAAGGUUCGUUAUCGCCUUAUCCAUAA